AUGGCCUGGGGAACGGACAAGGUCUCCCGGGCACGACACAACCUCAUCCCGCGCGGGAUCAUGCGAAUUUCUGUCAACCCCACGUUCCAGGACAUUGUUGGGAAUGUCGAUGGAAUUGGACACCUUCCUCAUCGAUCCCUCGGUCCCUCGUCUGCACGGCGCCGUCACAAUUGCCCAGAAACCGGGUCCGAACCAAGGACAGCAGCGUCGGCGCCGAAGGCUACGAACAAGGGAAUGAAGGCGACCGGGGCCGGUGGAAAGGUCCUCUUCACCGCUGGACAGACUGAAAGGCUAAGGGAGAGAGACAGAACUGGUGUGGAGGAGCAGCAGGAGCAGGAGGAGGAGGAGGACAAGCAGGCGGAGGCGAACCAUGAAUCGUUCACACAGGUCUGA